GCUCUGACGUUCACAUGUCGUCUUGUACCUUUCCCUACUCUCUGCAGCUCUCUGUUGAAUAGCUUCUUGUUUCAUUCCAUUGAUUUGACAGAUUCCAGUAUAAUGGCUUCACUAAUCAGGAGGAUUAUCAGCACAACUAAAGCUCCUGCUGCUAUCGGCCCAUACAGCCAAGCAGUGGUGGUGGAUCGUACCAUGUAUAUAUCAGGACAGCUGGGGAUGGAUCCUGCCAGUGGACAGCUGGUGGAAGGUGGCGUUCAGGCUCAGACCAAACAGGCUCUUGUGAAUAUGGGUGAAAUCCUUAAAGCUGCUGGGUGCGGUUAUGAGAAUGUCGUCAAAACCACUGUGCUCUUAGCCGACAUGAAUGACUUCACCAAUGUCAAUGACGUGUACAAGCAGUUCUUCAGCACCAGCUACCCAGCCAGGGCAGCCUAUCAGGUUGCUGCUCUUCCCAGAGGUGGACUGGUUGAGAUCGAAGCAGUGGCUGUUUUGGGCCCUCUGACUGAUGCUUCCUAACAAGUGCCUCUAUCAAACAAUUAAACCUCUGAAGCCCCUAAAAUCCCAAAAGAUGAUUUGUUUUUUUUUGUCCUGUCACCUUCUAGGACUUGUGGGGCUCCAUAAAAACAAUAAAAUCACUGAAAAUUCUACAAUAGUUUACUAUCGAUGUAUCUUGGAGGCCAUUAAGCAGUUUAGCUCAGUAAUAAACAUGUCUUAGAGCACUUUCUCCUCUCUCAUUAACUUUGAUGAAACAUGUUUAAAGUCAACGCUGCAUUUUAAAUUCCCACUGCUCACAUUCUACUUAUAAUAGCUGUAAAGUAUCUAAGCUUGUUUGUUGGAUUGAAUUACAUCACCAACCUGUGCUGAUACCAGCUAUGACAGUGUAGUCUCUUUCAUAAUGGAGCAAUCAAUACUUAUACUUUAACAAUAAAUGGUUUUAAUUUUCCUAAA